UCAUCUCCGUUCUCAUCUGCAAGUGAAUUCAAUUUCCAUCUCUAAUGCAAUUGUUGCAAUAAAAAUCUUUCCUUGGUAAAUUAUUUAACUCAGUGUUCAUGAUCCUACUACCGACAUUUAUCUCAGCUCUGAUUCUCAAUCAUCAUUUCGAGAAACGUUGAGAUUUUGAUCCCACGAAAGAGACAAUGGUUCACCACGCUUACGACUCGUUCCAGCUCCUCAAAAUCGAUGCUCUCGAAUCCUACGGCUCUAAACUACUCGCCGGAUGCUACGACGGCUCCCUCCGCAUUUACUCUCCUCAAUCCUCCUCCUCCUCUGAGCUGCGUCAAGAGCCUUACGUCCUCGAGACGACCGUCUCUGGCUUCUCUAAGAAACCUAUCGUGUCCAUGAAGGUUCUAGCUUCAAGAGAGUUGCUUCUGUCUCUCUCUGAGUCAAUUGCGUUUCAUAAACUUCCUAACUUGGAGACAGUCGCUGUGAUCACCAAAGCGAAAGGCGCGAACGCGUAUGCCUGGGACUAUGGUCGUGGCUUCCUCUGUUUCUCGAGGCAAAAGAGGGUCUGCAUCUUCAAGCACGACGGAGGAGGAGGGUUUGUUGAAGUGAGAGACUUUGGAGUUCCUGAUACUGUAAAGUCCAUUUCUUGGUGCGGUGAAAACAUUUGCUUAGGGAUUAGGAAAGAGUAUGUGAUACUUAACACUGCUAAUGGGACACUCUCUGAGGUGUUUCCUUCUGGUAGAGUUUCUCCUCCUCUUGUGACUUCUCUACCUUCUGGUGAACUUCUCUUGGGGAAGGAGAACAUUGGAGUUUUUGUUGAUCAAAAUGGGAAGCUACUUCAGACGGAGAGGAUUUGCUGGUCAGAGGCUCCAAAGGCUAUUGUCAUUCACAACCCGUAUGCAAUAGCCUUGUUGCCACGGCGAGUUGAGGUUCGCUUGCUACGAAGCCCCUAUCCUUUAAUACAGACUGUUGUUCUCCAAAAUAUUCGGCGCCUUGUCAAGAGUAACAAUGCUGUGAUUGUUGGUUUGGAUAACUCUGUUCAUGUUCUCUUUCCUGUUUCUAUUGGUGCCCAGAUUGUACAGUUAACAGCUACUGGAAACUUUGAGGAAGCCUUAGCUCUAUGCAAGUCACUCCCUCCUGAAGACUCAAGCCUAAUAGCCGCGAAAGAGAGUUCUAUUCAUACAAGAUUCGCUCAUUAUCUUUUUGAGAACGGGAGCUAUGAGGAAGCCAUGGAACACUUCCUGGCAUCUCAAGUAGACAUCCCACAUGUACUUUCCAUGUACCCAUCCAUUAUUCUUCCUAAAACAACAAUGAUUCCUCAACCAGAUAAGAAUGUGGACAUCUCUGGGGAUGAAGCUGCUCUGUCUAGAUCAUCAUCCGGCUUUUGGGAUGACAUGGAGUCUUCCUCUCCUCGAUAUUUAUUCGAAUCUGAAGGCAAUGCAGCUCUUGAAUCUAAGAAAAUGAGUCACAACACUCUGAUGGGUCUUAUAAAGUACUUGCAGAAGAGGAGACCUGGUAUGAUAGAGAAGGCUACUUCUGAAGGAACAGAAGAGGUUAUUUCAGAUGCUGUUGGCAAGUCUAAGAAGUCCAACAGGGGACGUGGUGUGAGUCCGCUUAACUCAGGUGCCAGGGAGAUGGCAGCAACCCUUGACACAGCUCUUCUGCAAGCACUUCUACACACUGGCCAGUCCGGAGCUGCUGUAGAUUUAUUAAAGGGUGUUAACUACUGUGACAUAAACAUCUGUGAGGAGAUUCUCAUGACAAGUAAAAAUUACCCUGCACAGUUGGAAUUGUUCAAGAGCAAUUCGAUGCACCAUGAAGCCCUUAAGCUUCUUAAACAGCUCUUGGAAAAGUCCAAAUCAAACCAGUCACAAACUGAUGUUACGCAGAUGUUUAGUCCUGAGUUGAUCAUUGAAUAUCUCAAGCCUCUCUGCAGGACUGAUCCAAUGCUUGUGUUGGAGUACUCUAUGCUUGUCCUUGAAAGCUGUCCAACACAAAUAUCUGGAAACAUCUCUGCAGACCUUGUCAAUUCGUAUCUGAAGCAGCAUGCUCCGAACAUGCAGGGUAGAUAUUUAGAGCUUAUGAUGGCAAUGAAUGAAACCGCAGUUUCAGGGAAUCUCCAUAACGAGAUGGUACAAAUCUACCUUUCAGAAGUGCUUGACUUGCAUGCUUCUCAAAGCGCGCAGCGGAAGUGGGAUGACAAGGAUCAUCAUCCUCCCGAAAGGAAGAAACUGUUGUCUGCGUUAGAGAGCAUUUUAGGGUAUAAUCCACAGACUCUGUUGAAGCGUCUUCCACGUGAUGCUCUCUAUGAAGAGCGUGCUGUUAUAUUGGGGAAAAUGAAUCAGCAUGAGCUCGCUAUGUCGAUCUAUGUUCAUAAGCUUCAUGCACCUGAUCUGGCGCUAGCUUACUGUGAUCGUAUAUAUGAGUCCAUAUCUUUUCUACCAUCUGGAAAACCGUCGAGCAGUAUCUACCUCACACUGCUUCAAGUAUACCUGAAUCCUAAGAAAAGCGCAAAGGACUUUGCAAAGCGUAUUGUAGCUCUAGGAUCAUUCGAAAGUUCAGACACAACGAAGAUGAUGGAGUCUGUUUUGUCUUCGAAAGUUAAAGGAGGCCGGUCCAAGAAAAUUGUUGCGAUAGAAGGUGCUGAGGAGAUCCGAGCUGGUCUCAGUAGCAGCACUGACAGUGGAAGAAGCGACGUUGAUGCUGAAGAACCCUUGGAGGAAGGAAACUCCAGCGUUAUGAUAUCUGAGGUUCUUGAUCUGUUGAGCCAAAGGUGGGAGAGGAUCAAUGGUGCGCAAGCUCUUAAGAUUUUACCUAGAGAAACUAAACUCCAGAACCUGCUUCCGUUUCUUGCACCUCUUCUCAGAAAUUCAAGUGAAGCACACAGGAACUUUUCAGUUAUCAAGAGUUUGAGGCAGAGUGAAAACUUGCAGGUGAAAGAAGAAGUGUACAAACAUAGGAAGGGAGUGGCGCAAGUAACAAGCGAGAGCAUGUGUUCAUUGUGCAAUAAGAAGAUUGGGACAAGCGUGUUUGCUGUUUAUCCCAACGGGGAAACGUUAGUCCACUUUGUCUGCUUCAAAGAUUCUCAAGGCAUGAAAGCUGUUGUUUCUAGGACACCACAUGGAAGAAGACGAUGACAUGAUCAUUACCGUAACGUAACACAG